GUUGUCAGGAACUGAAGUCAUUCCCAAAGAGCAACAACUGCUUGAUUCAACAUCACCUACUACCCAUUACGGUACCCCCCGCCAGCAGCCACCACCACAAUGAGCUACAUCCUCACCCUCUCCUGCCCCGACCGCCCGGGCAUCGUCCACGCCGUGACCGCCUACCUGGUGCAACAGAACCUCAACAUCAUCGACAGCAGCCAAUACGGCGACCCGACCAGCCAGCGCUUCUUCAUGCGCGUGCACUUCAAGGAUGAAUCCUCUCCCGCCAAGUCCCUCGACGACCUGCGCACCGCUUUCCAGCCCACCGCCGAGUCCCUGACCAUGACCUUCCAGCUCGUCCCCGCCUCCUCCAAGCCCCGCGUGUUGAUCAUGGUCUCUAAGAUCGGCCACUGCCUCAACGACCUCCUCUUCCGCGCCUCGACUGGCCAGCUCCCCAUCGAGAUCCCCCUCAUUGUUUCCAACCACCCCGACUUCGCUACCCUGGCUGCUACCUACAACAUCCCCUUCUUGCAUCUCCCCGUGACCGCCGACACCAAGCCCCAGCAGGAGGGACGCAUCUUGGAGCUGAUCCGCGAACACAACAUUGAUCUGGUUGUCCUGGCCCGCUACAUGCAAGUGCUGUCGCCUAUGCUGUGCGAGGCCAUGUCUGGAAAGAUCAUCAACAUUCAUCACAGUUUCUUGCCCAGUUUCAAGGGUGCUAAACCUUACCACCAGGCUUUUGACCGCGGUGUCAAGAUUGUCGGUGCUACGGCGCACUUUGUCACCAGUGAUUUGGAUGAGGGUCCGAUUAUUGAGCAGAAUGUUGUGCGUGUCAACCACGCUAUGAGCCCCAAGGAGUUGACUCAUGCUGGAUCCAACGUUGAGAGCAAUGUCUUGGCUACGGCGGUGAAGUACUUCGCUGAGCGGAGAGUCCUGCUCAACGGACACAAGACUGUUGUCUUCAACUAGGUUAUAUUUUUUGGUAGUAUGGUGGUAUAUAGAGGAUGGGAGAAUAAUGUUGUUACUCUGACUGGACGGCGCUAGCGCUGACCUGAAUGUUACAAGCGAAUUCCCUCGAAGGGAUGGU